CUGGUUACUGUUUUCCGGUUCCGUUCAAAUAUAUAACCUGUGCCAAUGCAUGCUGCUGUGGAACAUGGCGGGUCCGUGGUCGAGGCAGUUUCGGAGGUGGAGUACAAAGUGUACGAGCGCGAGUUUAUUUGAAACCUUGUGGCAUUUUAACGGCAGGUCUGUGUCCGUCUCUGCGUCCAAUCAGGGGCGGACAUCCUGGAGCUCCGGGCCGGGGAGCAAGCGGCAGCCAUCAGCACUAUCAACACAGAUAAACCCGAAAACGUUAAACUUUACCUCAUCUUUCACCAGACACAAGUCACGGUUGUUGGAUCCCACACUACAGUCUUGCUGUUGCACGAUACACAGUGAUGCGAAACUGAAGGACCCCUUCACAUUAGCCCAGAAAGAUUUAAAAAGUUUAUACGAUGACAUCAGAAAGGAGCUAUUUGUAUCCAAAGAAGAGCUGAAGUCUCUCUGUGACUACUACUUUGAUGGCAAGGGCAAGGCCAUCCGACCAAUGAUAGUUGUCCUGAUGGCCCGGGCACUCAACAUCCACAGCAACAGAGCCGGAGAUUUGCUCCCAGGGCAGAGGGCCAUAGCUAUGAUCUCAGAAAUGAUCCACACUGCCAGCCUGGUGCACGAUGACGUUAUAGACGGAUCAGAUAAACGAAGGGGAAAGAGAACCAUCAAUGAAAUGUGGGGUGAAAGAAAGGCUAUCUUGGCUGGAGAUUUCAUCCUCUCAGCUGCCUCCAUGGCCUUGGCUCGUAUUGGUAACAACACAGUGGUAAAAGUGUUGUCCCAGGUGAUAGAGGACCUGGUGCGAGGUGAAUUCAUGCAGCUGGGUUCCAAAGAGAACGAGAACGAGAGAUUCAAACACUACCUCGAGAAAACCUUCAAGAAGACAGCAAGUCUUAUUGCGAACAGUUGUAAAGCAGUAUCCAUUCUGGUAAAUUCUGAUCCUGAAGUUCAUGAAAUCGCCUACCAGUAUGGAAAGAAUGUUGGCAUCGCAUUUCAGCUGGUGGAUGACGUCUUGGACUUCACAUCAGGAGCCAAUCACCUGGGGAAGCCCUCGGCUGCUGAUCUCAAACUGGGCUUGGCCACUGGACCGGUCCUGUUUGCUUGUCAACAGUUUCCUGAGCUCCAUGCAAUGAUCAUGAGACGUUUUGGCUCCAAAGGAGAUGUAGAUCGAGCCUGGCAGUACGUCCUUCAGAGCGAUGGCGUGCAACAGACCAACUACUUGGCCCAGCGCUACUGCCAAGAAGCCAUCAGGCAGAUCAGUAUGCUCAGGCCGUCGGCAGAGAGAGAUGCCCUCAUCAGGCUCACUGAGAUGGUGCUUACCAGAGACAAGUGAACCUUCACUGCCGUGCUUCUCUUCAGGCAGCUACCUGACCCUGUCUGCGCAGGUCAGGGUCAGACAAAAACGGUGAGAGAAGCGAUGGCAGUUUGGUUCGGAAGGACCCCUGCUGCUGGUUUUAGUGCCAGCUCUGAAUGAAUAUGGCAGCAAGCUGAUUUGUCACAACACAUGAUCAAAACAGCAUGCAGGGGUCUCUCUGAACCAUAGACUGUAUAUAAAGCUGGACGACAUGACACCUCCCCAAAAGUGAAGCCAAAACAUCUCGAUCUCCCCUUGGUGGCUGGCUGCGGUAUAGGUCAUGAACCCCACCCUCUCUAUGUUAGCGGAUGGGACAUGAGCCAAACUUAAAAAAAUCAAAGUACAUGUCAAAUAAAUUUUUCCCAAAAAUGGUUUCUGUCUGUUAGGUAGCUCUUAUCACGCUGAUGUAUGUUCACGUGUUCGUUUUUCUGAAAAGUUUGGUUCUUUGAUGCUAUAAAAAUGGGGUUUCAUGUCAUGAUUGACAGCUGAGGCCGGCUCAAGAUGGAGUCGGCCGGGUGUAUGGGUGGGACCUCGAUACUGCGGCUCCAACUCUGAUCACUACGGUGCGGACUCUGGCUUCAAAUGACGUCACCAGCACAAGAUGGCAGCUCCCGUAUCUGGGAUAUUUUGGCUUAAUUUUUGUACAGUGGGAGGAAGUGGAGAUGCAUCGUCCAUCUUUAUAUACAGUCUAUGAUCUGAACUGAUAUCUGUUUUCAUGGCUCUCUCAACCACAAAAAUAUACAUGAGGUUGAGCGGCUUAAUAAUGAUAUGCUGUAUAAAUACACUUGGUUUUUAGUACAAAUCCUUCGAUUCAGAUUUCUUGAAUGGUAUCAACAGUGAUGAAUUGAAAAAGGAAAUAUUAUAUAAACUUAAAUUAAUGGAUGACACUGAAAACAGCAACCCAACUCUCCACUGCAUACAGUACUGUAACUGCAACAACCUCCCAUGCCUCAAACUAGCCGACUGCGACUGACCGUUAUAGGCUAGUGCUGAGCUGUGGCGGCAUUGCAAAAUCUGAGAUUUCAAACGCAAUCGAAGUGAAACAUUGUCAUUGGUGUGUUUGUUUGGAUCUGUGUCAUUGUCUUUGGUGAUCCGUCCACAACUCAGAGGCCAAACGAUCAUGUGACUUUUUGACUUGUGAAAUGUUAAGGUUACUGCAAAGUGCCCUGUAACAACCAAGGCCUUAACAUCUACAAUGACUCUCUGCUCAAUAAACCUAUUAUGUUUAUUUUUUAUUUAAA